AUGUAAUACGAAGAUAGAUAAAAAUAUGACGAAGAGAUGAAAAAUUUUUAUUUAGAAUAAAAAUAAAAAUUCGAAUAGAAAGAUUUUUAUGAUAAAUCUGAGAACUAAAUGUUAGUGCUAUAUGAAUUAAAAUAAAUAGAAAAGAUUAAGAAUUCAUAUUUGGCAGAUUAUAAACUUAAACCAUCUUAAUUCUAUAAUUCAUUUCCCUUAAUAAAUGCUUUUAAUAUUGUAUAAAGUAAUAUGAGAAAUUUAAAAUAACUAUUUGAAUAAAGAGAAGAUGGAUUAUUUGGAGUUUGGCUUUGGGAAUAAGGGUUAUAGUAUUUAAUCAUUGUUGAUGAUCAAAUACCAUGUAAAUUGAAUGGGAAUUAUCCUCAAUUAGCAACAAUUACUUCUGAAUAUGAAUGGCCUAUUAUUUUGGAGAAAGCAAUAGGAUACAUAUUAGGUUUUGGAUAUAAUUCUUUUAAUGUCAUAAAAAAUGAUACUAUUGAUUUCUAUUUAUAAGUAUGUUUAUGUAUUUAUAUAAUUAGAUGAUUACAGGAUCAUUAAUAUAUGAAUAAGAAUUUCAAUCCUUUGAAGAAUUAGAGAAAAUAUAAAAAGAUAAAUCUAAUAUUUUAUUUGUAAAAUAUUAUUAAGAUUCUAAAACAAUAGCAUCUGUAAUAACUAUUCCUGAUAAAUAAUAAUAAUAAAAACUUAUUAAAUUAAUUGCUCCAAACUAAUAAUCUAUUUUUAAAUAAGGUAAUAUUUAAAAUAUUAGGAAUUUUUAGGAAAAUAAAAAGUGGAUUCUGUUUGUUAUCUAAAUUGGGAGGAAUUUAAAUAGAAUUUUUAAACUGUUCAUGUAUUAAUAUGGAAAGAUGAGUAUAGAGUAACAGCAAUGUCUUUAGAGAAGCCAAUUGAACGAAAAACUGAUAUUAUUGAACACACAUAUUUUUAUAAAUUUAAAAUAGAAGAUAAUAGUAAUUAUUGGAUAACUUUAUGGCAAAAAGAAUAUAUAAUUGAAGAAGGGAAUAUGAUAAUAAUUAAUAAUUAGAAUGAAAAAAAACAUUUUGGUUUAAUUAGAAUGUUAUUGUUUUAGGAAUUGAAGGCUAAUUAAUAUAGAUUUAUUGAUGGGAAUUGUAAUUUUGCAAGAUCUAUAUAUAUAAAUCCAUUUCUUGAAAAAGGUGAAUACUAUAUUCUAUGUCAAAUUUAUUUUAAUAAUUAAAAAAAUUACUCUUUAGAACAAUUAUAAAAAUAAUUUAAUCUUAAUUUGACAAUUAAAGGAAUAAAAGUACCAUUAAAUAUAUAUCCUAAUAAUUAAUAUGAAUAACAAUAGAUAAAUCUAAUUAAAAGUUUAAUAAAAGAUACAUAAUCCAAAGAUAAUAUAAGAUCUUUUAAUUAAAUUUAAUAACCAUAAAUAUUAGUAAGUACCAAUAAAAUAUAUGGUUUUCUUUAUUUCUAUUAUGAAAAUAGAGGUUCAAUAGAUAUAUAGGAAUAAAUAUAAUUUAAAGAAUUAGGAUACUUAAUAAAAUAUGAUUCAUUAUUACAGUAAAAAUAAGCAUUAGUAAAAGUGAAAUAAAAUUAUUUUCAAAUUCUGUUAUAUACUUUAGAUCCAAAGAUUAUACUAGAAUAAGAAAAUAUAAAUUUUUAAUAUGAAUAUACACACACAUUAAUUAAUGAUAAUUAAAUUCAAAUAGUAGAAUCAUAAAGAUUUUAAGAAAUAAUAAAUGAUUAAAAUACAAAAAAAAUUAAAUGUGAAUAGAUUUGUAUUUAUAUCAAUUAACACAAUUAAGGUAUAUAUAAUAGAUUAUAAUAAGGAAUUAUUAUGUAGUAUGAAAAUAACUCAGAAUAGCAUGCCUAAAUAGAAUUAAAAUUUAGUGAAUUCAUAAAUCUCUGUUUAGUUAAUAAGGAAGAUUAUAAUGUUAAUGAACUUUCGAUUAAAUUCUCUAUUUAAAAACUAACUAAAAUGUAAAUGUUUUUUGAUACUAUUGUACCUAAUAAACCAUAUAAUUAUAAGUUGAGUUUUGAUAUUUCUUAAAUAUAUUGA